AUGGAUGACCUCAAAGUGGUGAAGAAAACCGUUUCGGCUGGACGAGGACCUGUUAUCAAUUUCUCAAAUGGAACUAAAGCUAUCUUCAACUACCAAGCUGUCGUAGCAGAAGAUCCAAAUGCCCCCUUGACUCCAGAAAAUUAUAAAGUGAUAGAUGACACAAAGCAGAAAUGGCCCAAGGGGUAUGGAAAACCUUUGGAAUUGAUCUUUGGAAAGAAGUUCCAAUUGCCUCUUUUCGAGAGAUGUCUAGAAACCAUGCUUGUUGAUGAAAUUGCUCAAUUUGACGCUGCUCCCUCGGAAACCGUUACAUUCCCUCUAGUUUCUAAGAAAUUAAGAGAUACAGUCAGACCAGCAGAUAAGAAAGAUGGUCACCAUCACCAUGCUUCAGGCAUGUGUGCGGCAUCUCUGGUGCAAGGAAUGGGAUACGUAGAACUAGAUGAACUCAUGAGAAAACCAUGUGUUAUUAGAUUCAUUUUUCAUCUUCUGGAAGUGUAUGCUCCACACGAAUAUGAAGCAGAGAGUUGGCAACUCUCUUGCGAAGAAAAGUUAGAAUCGGUUGAGAAACUGCGUCAGCAAGGGAAUGACUUGUUCAAAGAGAAAAACCUGGACCAAGCAAUAAUCAAAUAUAAGGAGGCUCUACACCGUUUAGAUACAUUAUUACUCCGAGAGAAACCGGGGGAACCCGAGUGGGACGAACUGGACAACAAAAAUAUUUUAUUAUUUUUAAAUUUAUCACUAUGCUAUCUCAUGACUGAUAACGCGUAUGAAGCUGUAGGCGCAGCUACGGAAGUAUUGAACCGUGAGGAAACCAAUGAAAAAGCAUUAUAUAGAAGAGCAAAGGCCUAUAUAGCAACUUGGAAAUUGGACGAGGCGGAAAACGAUCUUGAUACUCUGCUCAGAGUUCAUCCAGAGAGCAAGGAUCUAGUACAAUCGGAAAAGGAAAUUAUAAAGUUAAAGAGGACGGAGACACACGAGAAAGCUAAAACUAUGAGCAACAAAAUGAUGAAAGCUUUCAGGAACUGA